AUGGGAGUCCGUGGAGCAGCAGUAGGUGUAAGAGCAGGUGGCAAGCUGAGAGAGGGGGGAGGGGGAAGCAGCCUCCUGAAAAACAUGGGAGCAGCGUUGCCGCAGCUGCUGCAGCUGGAGCUUCUUUCAUGGUUACCGGAGGAGCUGCCUGGAGUUUCACUGGAGCUGCGGUCGCUGACGUCACUUGCUAUUGAAGCGCCUCAGCUGGUGGCGCUACCUCAGGGCAUGAGCUGCUUGUCUCGGCUGCGCAAACUGGAGCUGAUUCACUGCACCGCCUUGCAGCACCUCCUGGAGUUUCUCACCCAGCUGCACCAUCUGACACUGCGUGAUACUUCCAUACGCUACCAUCAUGUGAAUCUGAACAUUAUGCAUUCUGAGAUGCCACCGCUCUCCUCCCAAAUUCCCCGUUCCUGUUUUUCCCUCCUCGCAACUCUCCCAUCCCCAACCCCUGCCUCCCCUCCAUUCCUCUCAUACCGUACCCCCCGCCCCACUCCUCUCAUCCCCCCCACACCUCUCUCAUACCCCCCUCCUCUCGUACCCCCCGCUCAUCUCUGUACCCCCACCACCCCCAUACCCUUCAUUCCUCCCUUACCCCCAUUCCUCUCAUACCUCCCAUUCCUCUCACACCCUUCACUCCAUUCCUCUCACACCCCUCCACUCCUCUCUUACUCCCCACUCCUUUCAUCUCCCCCACUCUCAUGCGCACCACUCCCCCCGCACCCCCCUGUGUGGGUGAAGGCAGAUUGA